CGUACAUCAUCCUUUCGCAUUCCCGUAUUCUUCUUGCCUCUCCCUCGUUGUGACUUUCUUUCUAUACUCGCAAUACUAGCUCCCUUUUUUUCCUUUCUCGACAACUUUCCUCGUAUUCGACCUUUAUGUCGGUCAGCCAGUAAUCAAGAUGCCAUCUGAAGGCUCACGGAAACUCCGUCAAGGUCAUCGCAAGUCCCGUAAUGGGUGCACUACUUGCAAGAAGCGACACAUCAAGUGUGACGAAAAGGUCGCAGAAUGCGCCAAUUGCUCCAUCUCUGAGAGAGAAUGUCACUACGCACCACCCCAGAAACCCAAGACUGGCGCAUCUCCAUACGAAACAGAACAUACAACGCUAUCUGCUUUUCCUCCAGCCAGUAUAUUUGCAGACUCGCCAGUUCCCUCAACACCGGAUCUACAUGAGAUUGAAUCCGAUGAUCUCUUUACUUUUGGCCACUUGAAUCUGCUCUACCAUGUUCAAGAACACAUUACUGACUGGAUGAUGGUGACGGACCGACUUCAGCCACUCGCCAACAGCUACAUAACCACGGCAUUGAAAACACCCUAUCUGAUGAAUCAACUUCUCGCUUUAUCUGCGAUGCACCUCAAGACCGUUGACAAGCAUUUGGCCGAGUCUUAUAUGAACACCGCGACACACCUCCGCCAUCGAGCUCUCCGUGGUUUCAACAAGUGUCUCGACAAUACCUCCGAAACAAAUUCAACAGCUCAAUUCGUCUUCGCCUCCCUCUUGGCAUUUCACUACCUCGCAGAGACUGUCGCAGGCCUAGCUGGUCAGGAUUUUGCCACGACUCUCAACUGCAUGGUGAAUUAUUUUAGACUUCAUCGUGGAGCGAGAGUCAUGGGCGAGAGAGCGAACACGAGCUUUACAAAUUCGAAAGUAUCCCAGUGGUUGAUGAACGCAUGGAAAGAAGGAUCCCAUGACUCACAUGCUACUUCUACGGAAUGUGCGGUACUCGCUUCAAUGCUCGAAACAUCCGAACUCAACCAAGAAUCGAGAAAAGCCUGUGAAGAGGCGACUGAGGCUCUCGGCUUUGUGAUGCGUCGCAUCCAAUGCCCCAACAGCUGGGGAGUUCAUGGCUUGAUGGCAUGGUCGAACCUGAUCCCGUGGCGAUUUUUGACCCUUUUGGAGAAGCAAAUUCCCGAGGCUCUCGUUAUUCUAGCUCAUUAUGCCGUUUUACUGCACCGCUUUCGUGCAUUUUGGUGUCUGGAUGAUAUUGGAAAACGCUUGGUAGAGGGCAUCCCGGGACUUUUAGCCGCGUAUUGGGCUAGAUGGCUUCCAAAGCUAGAAAAUAAUGAUGCCUAGUAGUUGAUAGAAUGGUCAUGGAUACUUGAAAACAUAAAUACUUUUUGCAGUAAAUACAGUGGCAGUGGAGCGAU